AUGGCGGGCUCCCUUGCAGGCAAGUUCCUGGCUGCCGUCGCCCUAUGUGCCGCUACCAUUGCUGCGCCCACCGGCGGCGAUCAGAUCGUCUUGGAGGCCGAUGCCGACUUGACUCGUGUUCAUGAAGAACUAUUCAACGCCCAGGUCAUCCCUACCGUCUUGGAGGAGUUCCAGCCCAUCCUGGGUCUCUCGGCCGAGUGGUCCUCUUCCAAUGUAGCUGAUCUCGGAAACACUCUAAAGCCGGCGAAUCUCCAGUCUGCACCAUCGGUUUCCCUCGUCAAGGGCUCGUCAAUGACGAGAAGCUUCAUCGCCACGACCUACGUCCUGACCCUGACUGACCCGGACGCACCGACGCGUGACAACCCCAUCUGGUCGGAAUUCUGCCACUGGAUUGCGACGAGCAGCUCCCCCACCAUCUUUGUAGGCAUCGACCCGGAGCACUUGAACGACGUUGUUGAGUACAAGCUGCCCGGGCCUCCGCCGAAGACGGGCAAGCACCGUUACGUCUUCACCGCGUGGGUUCCCGCCAACGGGACCAAGGAGAAGCUGCAUUUGUCGAAGCCCGAGGAACGCAAGCACUGGGGAGGCGAGGAAGGGCGCGGCGUGCAGAAGUGGGCGAAGGAGAACGGUCUCGUUGCAGUUGGUGCGAAUUUCAUCUACGCCCAGAACGAGAAGCAGUGA